AAUUGUAAAAAGUCUAUUUACCAAAAGUCAGGUGUACUGAAUUGUAAAAUUCUGAACUAUGGUUUCUAAACCACAAAAGAAAUAAAUAAAUUUAAUAUUUAAAAAAAAAUAUAUUCAUAAUACAUUUCAUUAUCCGACAAGGGAUAAUUUUACGAGACUUUUUUACUUAUAAAAGUUGAAUUUAGCUAAAAGAUGUACAACAGAUCUUAUAACAAUCCUGUUUUAUCCUCAAAUAUUUAUCAAAAUGAUAAUCAAUAUACAACUGUUUCAUAUCGAAAAGAUCCUGGUUACUUUGAAAGAGUUGGAGGAAGUUGCAUGGGAAUUUUUGUUGGUUUAUUUGUUUUAAUUGCAGCGUUUCCUGUUUUGUUUUUAAAUGAGGGUAGGGCAGUUAGAACAGCACAGUCUUUAGAUGAAGGUUUAAACUCAGUUGUGUUGCUAACUUCUUCUGAAAAUGUUUAUGAUUCAAAUAACAAAAAGUUAGUUCAUUUGUCUGGAAAGUUGAGAACAGAAAUGGCUUUGACAGAUAAUGAAUUUGGAAUUAGUAUAUUUGCUGUAAAGCUAAAACGCCAUGUUGAAAUGUAUCAAUGGGUUGAACAUGAAAACAAGAGAGAGUACAAGGAAGGUGAUCAAACAAGAAUUGAAACAACAUAUUCAUAUUCAAAAGAAUGGCGAUCUGAAAUCAUCAAUAGUGGCAGAUUUAAUGUUCCAACAUUGCAUCAAAAUCCAAAUACAUUUCCAAUAUCAUCAUUCAACAAAGAAGCAGAUCCUGUAUUUUUGGGAUCAUUUCGACUUAGCAAAGGGUUGGUAGCUCAAAUAAAUACUUUUCAUCAAAUUAAUUUGAAUAAAAAGCCAGAUCAUCGUGAAGAUUUACGUUUGUUAGACAAUUACUUUUAUAGAAGCACUGACCCUUAUCAUGCACAGGUUGGAGAUAUACGUGUAUCAUUUACAUACUCUGGUCUCAGUGGUGAAUUGCAUCAAGAACAUGGAAAUCAAGCAGAGGUGUCAGUCAUAGCCCAACAAAAUGGAAACUUUCUAUCAUCAUACCAAACCAAUGCAGGUGACCAAUUGGAAAUACUUUAUCCAGGAAUUAAAUCAGCUAAAGAAAUAUUCGAUAGCGAACAGUCAGCAAAUACUUUUCUUACGUGGUUAAUGAGAUUUGUUGGGUGGCUUAUGAUGUUUAUUGCCUUGCAAAUUAUGAUGGAUAUUUUUAGGCAGAUAGUUUCAUUUCUUCCAAUUAUUCGUGACAUUGUUGGACUAGCAACUUCUGUAUUGGCUUUUACAUUUGCUACCUCUAUGGCUUUAGUUACCAUAGCAAUAGGAUGGCUUAGCUAUCGUCCUUUGCUAGCAUGUACCUUGUUAUUUGCAGCAGUUUUACCCUUGGUUAUAUCAAGAUAUAAAAGUAAAGAAUCCAAGAAAAAAAAUGACAAUUAAAGUGUUGAAUUUUGAAUUAAUUAUUGCAAAAAUAUAUUUUUUGAUUUUA